ACAGCGAGUAACUCUAUUAGCGAGCCAAGUGCAGAGCAUGAAAAGAGAAAUGGAGAUUCUCAUGGAUGAAAAGGCAUCGAAGACGAUGCAGUUGCAAGAGCUAAAGUGUGAAACAUCAAAAACUAUUAGCGAUCUUAAAGAUGAAAUUGCAAAGUUACAAAAAGAGAAGUUUGCAUUGUCCUCGGAAGUAUCAAAGGAAUCAGAAAAAGAUAACCAGUUGUAUGAGUUAAGCCGUGAAAAAUCGUGGAUGACAAGAAAACUUGAAGAUCAUAUAACAAGGUUAAGGACAGAGAACUACACUUUGACUGAAAGACUAUCAAAGGCGUGCGAAAAGGAUGACAAGUUGACUGAACUAAGAGAAAAAGUGGAUCUUUUAAAGAAUCGGUUGAAAAAUGUAACUGAGGCGGCGGAGGCGUCUGCGAACAGCAAAGAGAAGGAAAUGGAGGAAGAUUACCGCAUUAUAAAGAAGCAAGAUGAAACGAUAAAAAAUCUAAUCGAAGAGAUAAGACGGGAAAAAUCGGACAAGGACCACCUCGAACUACAGUCGGCCGAGAGAAUAAGAGAACUUGAGAGUCAGUUACAAAGAAUGGAUGACAUGAAAAGAAACGCAGUUCACUCAAUUGAUGCCUUGGUUCUUGAAGUGAGACAGGAAAGGUCAGAAAAUGAGCAUUUGAAAAGGGCUAUGGAAGCUAAAGAGUGUAGUUCUUAUAGAGAGAAAGUGCUAAAGUUGAGAGUUGAACAUCUAGAGAAUCACUUAAGUGAAAGAGAUGACCAAACAAACGCCACUCUUACCUCACUAAAGAACAACGAAAGUUCACUACAGGAAGCUAAUGCCGCUAUCGAUAUGCUCACAGAACAACUGGAACGGGAAAAGGCUGAAAAAGAAACUCUAAGAGUGGCUGUGGAGGUUUCUGAGUGUAAUUCCCAUAACGAAAAAAGAUUGACUGAGAAAAUUGAAAAACUGGAGAUGCAAUUACAAGAGAUGAAUGACCUUCGAAAAGAGACUUUAAGGUCUCUUAGAGAGAGAGAAUGUUCAUUGGAGGAGGCUCGUCAUGAGAUCAAAGGGUUAAUUGAACAAAUAGAAAACAAAAAUUCGGACAAAAAGUGUUUUAAGAGGAAGGUUAAGGCUAGAGGGGGUACUGCUAAUCAACCGAAUCUCGUUCAGAAAGGGACAAAGAGAGAUACGCAGGGGAAGGAUUCGUUAAUAGCACACGUGGGAAAACGUCUGAAGAACUUUGUACAAAGACCAAGAGAGGUGUACGCAUCGAACCUAGUGAUGAAAAAGAAGAAAGCCCAUGCAGAGCGUUUGUUAGACAAAUUAAGGAAAGAUUUGAAUGAAAGAGAAGAAGUCAUGGAAGACUUAAAGAGUAAUUUCGAAGACAGUGCCAAGAAAUUCUCGUCCAUGCAACGGGAGCUUGAAAAUAUUAAUUGCCAAAAUGUCUACCUCAUACAGCGUCUUAGAGACAAGGAAAACGAGCUUCAAAAGACACGAUGGAACUUAAAAGAAAGGGAAGCCAACCUUGAUGACGCAAAUGAAACCCUGCAAUGCAAAUGCUCGCUUCUCAUAGCCAUGGAGGCCAAAUUAGGUCUAAGGAGCAAAGAGAUUGAAGAACUGACACAAGCAAACAAGGAGAAAAGCUCAGAGAUAACUCGCAUUGAGACUGCCCUUGCAGAAUUGAAAAAAGAGUUAGAUAUUGCAACAUCCAUCAUCGAGAAGCAGAAUGAACAAUGCGUUAACCUUAAAACUUGUGUAACGAGAAAAACCCGAGAUGAGGAAGAGAUGCAAGACGAAUUGAAACGCUUGUCGACCCAACUUGAAUUUAGCAGGAACGAGAAGGCAAACCUGCACAGAGCAGUUUUAACCGCUAUAUCGCGCAAACAAUUUUGGGAGAUGAAGAUGGACCUUCGAGAGGGUGCAGCUGGGAUCUCCUUACUUGAAGAUGAAAAGGCAGUCAUAGAGGAAAAAGUUACAACCUUUAAUGGAAAAGUAUCACGAGAACAUGACCUACUAAAGGAGACCCAGUACGUGGAAAACAAAAAGGAGAGUUCGCUUCAGUUGACGAUUGGCUCAGUUGAACGUGAGAUGGCCAAGCUAACAGGAGAGAUGGACAAGCAGUUCAAAAUUGACCUAUUGCAAAAUGGGCUCGAAAGCAAGUCUUCUGAGUCAUCAUGUGAGGAGAGCACCUUUAGCACCCUGAAAACCAGGAGAAACACGGAUGCUUACAAAAUAACAUUUUUGGAAGAUGAGAGUGAUAUGAAAGCCAGUAGUCAGGGAGACACUAAAAAUAAAGGGGUGAAUACCUCAAGACUAGACAAACAUAUUGAAACACGGGGAGAUGGACAUUUCAACCACGCCAGUACUAUGGCUGAAGUUGACCACACCAUGCAGAAUUUCUCAGCAUACAGAUCACCUAAUUUAGUUUCGAUCCUUCUGUGCAAUGGUUAAUGUUUGGCAGGAGAAGUACCGAUGCAACGAAUUGGCCAACUGAGUGAAGAGUGAUGAUAUGAGAUUUCUUUUUAUCACUGAAAAUUUCGCAUGCAA